GGCGAUUGUGACGCAACAGUUUGCAGUGGUUACAUAAACUUUGCAGCUGGCGGGAAAAGAGAAGAAAAAAAAAGUAGGAACACAAGCGACUGCGGAGGCCUGAUUGACUUGGUGUCAAUUCCUCAUCGGGGACUGGCUUCAGGGACACAGAUGCUGGUGCUGCUUGACGUGACCAAGAAAAAAAGAAGAAGAAAGAAGACCAUAAAGAAGCUGGCAGCAAAGGCAACGAGGAACUGUGAUUUGAGCGCCCCAGCCUUCAGAGGAGGGAGAAGUGGAGCUCUCCAUCUGCGUAUUUUGGAGCUUUAUUUUCGCCGGAUCAAAGUACAGACAUGCAGGCUCGCUACUCCGUCUCCAGUCCCAACUCUUUGGGCGUCGUGCCGUACAUCAGCAGCGACCCCAGCUACUACCGGGCCGCAGCCGGUGGGGGAUACACGGGGAUGCCAGCACCUAUGAACAUGUACUCUCAUGCGGCUCAUGACCAGUACCCUGCCAGCAUGGCCCGGGCGUAUGGACCGUACACCCCGCAGCCUCAACCCAAGGAUAUGGUCAAACCUCCCUAUAGUUACAUCGCGCUCAUCACCAUGGCUAUCCAAAACUCUCCCGACAAGAAGGUGACCCUGAAUGGGAUUUACCAGUUUAUCAUGGAAAGGUUUCCAUUUUACCGAGACAACAAGCAGGGCUGGCAGAACAGCAUCAGGCACAAUCUGUCUCUGAAUGAGUGUUUUGUCAAGGUGCCCCGUGAUGACAAGAAACCCGGUAAAGGCAGCUACUGGACCCUGGACCCGGACUCUUACAACAUGUUUGAAAACGGGAGCUUCCUGAGGAGGAGACGGCGGUUCAAGAAGAAGGACGCGCUGAAAGAGAAAGAAGAGCGGCAGCAGAAGGACCCGGGGCCGAGGCAGCAGGGCCGGGAGCAGGAGCAGCCGGUGCAGGGCUCCCAGCCCGUGAGGGUCCAGGAUAUUAAGACUGAGAACGGGGCAGUCACGCCUCCGCAGGCCGACUCGCCCUCUCUGAGCACCGUUCCCAAAAUCGAGAGUCCAGACAGCAGCAGCAGCAUGUCCAGCGGGAGCCCUCACAGCAUCCCCUCCAGUAGGUCCAUCGGCAUGGACAGCUCCGAGCACCACCAGCACCACGGCCAGGCCUCGACGCAGGGCUUCAGCGUAGACAACAUCAUGACCUCCCUCCGGGGGUCUCCACAAGGGGCCACUGAGCUCACCUCCAGCCUCAACGCCUCCACCAGGACAGGUAUAACACCGUCUUUGUCCCUAAACUAUUCUCCAAAUCAGACGUCUGUCUAUAGUUCGCCCUGUAACCAAAACUCCAUCUCCACUACCUCCAAUGCAACCUAUCAUUGUAACAUGCAAGCCAUGAGCCUAUACGCUGGGGACAGGUCUAGCCACUUGGCACCGAGCACCACCGUGGACGAAACGUUGCCAGAUUACUCAGUCACAACCACCUCAUCUUCCCUGACCCACGGUAAUCUAAACUCUGGGCAGGAGGGCCACCAUCCCCACCAAGGGAGGCUGACCUCAUGGUACCUCAACCAGGCCGGAGACCUGGGCCAUCUGGGCGCAGCUUACCCAGCACAGCAGCAGAACUUCCAUUCAGUCCGAGAGAUGUUUGAAUCCCAAAGAAUUGGCUUGAAUAACUCGCCGGUGAAUGGGAAUAACAGCUGUCAGAUGUCAUUCCCACCGAGCCAAUCCAUCUAUCGCACUUCGGGAGCUUUCGUAUAUGACUGCAGCAAGUUCUGACCAAACUAAAAAAAACAAAACAAAACAAAACAAAACAGGCUCAGUAUUUUCCUCACGGUGUUUGAACUCUUCCAGUAAAAUUCAACGUUUUUCUUUUUCCUUUUUUUUUAAUUUUUUUUUUUUGGCCCUUCUUACCUGCCCACACCAAAUGGACUAAUGUGAGACAGAAAACACAAACAGAAAAGACUUGAUCUUGGUUUUUCUAAAGAACAGUGUUACUGCAAAUAACACGUAAGUCUCUCUUCGCUUUUGUGGCUUUUAUGCGAUAUAUUAAAGAAAUGUCACUUUUCGUGAACGUGUAAAUUGCAUAUAGUAAUUUAUUUCUAAAACUGUAGCCGGAUAUUAUGGACCAAACACUAAAAAAAAAGAAGUGUUUCGAAAUUGAGUUGCCUUAAUUGUCCAAAAAAUUUGUUCCAUUAUAAAAGUAAGAAAAAGGAACUUGUAUAUCGCCGUACUAUUUCAAAGAUUCUUCAUUUGUUGAAAAGUAUUCUGAAGGAUUUGUUUGUUUGUUUAAUAAAUUGUCAUUUUAUGUGA